AUGGAUCGACCAUCAAGUGCUGCUCGCCGGCGAACGUUGGAUCUACCCUCGAAGCCGGAGACUGGGUUGGCGGAAUGGACAAGCAAGAUCAAAGAACUGCAGCGCCAGGUCGACGAGGAUGAGGAGGUGGAGCAUAAGCGACUCGAGGAGGAGAUCCGGGCAUCCAGGAUGGCGCGUCUGCGCCGAAGCGGCCAGCUCGGAAGCGUAGACCUGUGUAAGUGUCCGGUGGGUUCACCUCCCGCACUUGAGAGCCCGCUCGGGAGGCAGCAGGGUCAAGAGGAUGCCCUACGAAAGCUUACCGGCGAAACUCGACCACCCGCGGCAAUGGCUGCAAAGCCGAGCGCUCCAAGAUCCUCGAUUACCUCGAAGGUUCCAAUGUCGCUCGCAGCAUUCAUGGGGGGAAGUGCGACUGGCCCGCGGCUUACCCGACAUGCACCUCAACAAGAUGCCCAUGAUCCGACGCAGUUCGAUCAGCGCGCACUCAGGGAUGUUACAACCCCACAUCCAGUCUUUGGUCGUGGUGGCAUAGCCAUGCCUGGCAUGGAAGGGAGGAAUCGCACACCUGCUUCAUUGACACCGGAACCUGACCAACGAGAGAAACUCACAUCAGUGGCCGACACCAUUCCCGCACGCGACCGGAAGCAGAGCACACCUUCUAUAGUCCAGUCGAUCGUACACAAGGUCGAAGUGGAAACAGUAGCGCCACAGAAAGCCGGAACCUCAAUAGCCUUUCCACACGCGACGCGACAGCGUACCAUUAGUACGCCAACUGGCAGCGCCCCUAUGAGCGCACCAUUCACUCGUGCAUGGGAUACCGUAGGGCAGCAGAACAAUGGCUCGACAUCCCGACCGGUAGCUGCCUCUGCUGGCUUGCGAUCAACGACGCCGGGUCAGGAGCGCUAUGCAACCUCGAAGGCCACAUACACCCCGUCAUCCGUAUCUUCGUCCCCGAUUCCGCGCCCUUCAACCUCCUCCCGCAGUCCCGCUCCAACCUCACCGACUAUCACAUCAUCACCGAAGGCGGCCAUAAGUACACCUUCCCUGGCGAGACCUAUCCAACCGUCACCUCGCAGUUCGCUCGGACCUCAGAUACCAGCAUCCCCGAAUGCCUCGUCGGCGUUCCUCCGCGCUCCUCCGCCCAAGGAUCCUACGCCAAGUAUCAGCCGUCUCCAAGGACGCGGCUUCGUGAAGAGCAUGAUACACGCCACUGCGCAGCUAGAGGCGACGCAGCCGCCCAGUAGUCCGCCUCUGCCGGAGAAGAAGAACUCUGGCGGAAGGAAGUCAGCACCUGUUCUAGACCGAUGGCAGAGUGUCGCCACCGCAAGUUCGACGCCGUCCCCUCCUCCCAUCAUCCAGCCAAAAGCCGCUGCCAUGCGCAAGUCGUGGACUGUUGAUCCGUCUGUCACCCCGGACACAACGCCACCGCGCUCGGUGAAGACGGACUACACGGGGCGGUCGCUCAAGUCCGUCUCCUCUGUCCCCUCCUUCCACCACUCGGAUGCGGCAUCCUCCUCUGCGAAGAGUGAUGCAGGCGAUGGCUCUCCGCGCGGGCGGGGGCUCGGGUCAUCCACGACGAUGAUCUCGUACAUCAAGCCUAUCAAGACGGGCGACAGACCACAGACAGCUUCACCGCCUCCCCCAGAAGUGAUAGACGAGAUGGGCAUGCGGGUGCGUGCGCGCAGCAAGAGCCGACAACGUGGGGGAGGGUCUGCGGGUCUACCUCCGGCGGGCAAACCACUGAGUCAUCUGACGAAGGAUAGGGCGAAGAAGCCUCGCAAGGCGAGAUUUGCGCAAGACCCUGUCAAGGAGACACAUGUGCUAUCGCGAGCAACUCCUGCUGAGGCGAAGCAGACCUCAAAGUCGGCGCCUGCGCCGCUCUCUGAUCUUGUCUCGACUGUUCCGGCUCCCGAGGUGGUAGUAUCUCUUCCGCCACCGCCGGAUGCCACGCCGUCUCAACAAGAGUACAAACCUGUGUCACCGGUCAAGAAUGAAUUCGAUGAUGACUUCGUCCCUGCAGCGGCUCCGCCGCUUGUGCACAAACCCAGCCAGCUCAGUCAUCUAGUUAUGCCCAAAUCACCGGUGGUCCCUACACAACCCAUCGCUUCUCCUGUCACGCCUAACCGUGGUUUGACCCCUUCUCCAACGUCAAAGCCAGCCAAGGAGAAACCGCCGGCAUCACCUGCUCGUCAUACGCGGAUUCCGAGCACGGGAAACCGGGCAACAGUCAUGGACGUCGCACAGGCCCUCGCGGCGCAGACGGCGGCUGCAGAGCAGAAGCCACAAGAAGACCAAGUUCCCGAGGAACCCUCACCGCCGGACGUCAAAUCCGUCACUGCGAACUGGGCACCCAGAAACGGAGCUGCCAGACCCGAUCCCGAUAAGCGGAUGUCAAGCUACGAGAGGUAUUCGGCGAUCGUGAUGCCUCCGGUUGAAGAGGAGAAAACACCCGCUCCAUCGCCUGCCGGGACGCUUGCCCGUUCGUCUGCCCUUGUUUUCCCAGAUGCCAUCGCGGAGGUGGAGCUAGAGGUUACACCUGCGGCGGUGGAAAGACCAGCAGAACCGUCUACUGCAUCAGCAGAGGCUGUGGCAGAACAGCCUGCUACUGCUGCCACGGAGAGCAAAGUCAUUCGCAUCGAAUAUGUCGAUGAACCAUUACCCAACGUCGAUGUCGUUACGCUACUCAACUCGGGCUGUAGUCCGUACGCGCCAGACGCGGACGUACAGACGAUAUCAGUCGAUGUCAUGACUAUCAUCGGGAACGGAGCGACUGCCGUUCGCCGCGAUACACAUAUCUUCUACGAUCACGAUGUUCUGGCCAUCAUUCACCGCGCCAAGGUCCGAUCCGCUGGUCUUGCCUCUACGAAGGUGUGGGGAUGGAAGGGCAAGCACAGUCGGCUUGGCGAACGAGAAGAACAGAAACUUCAGGGACUUGCACGACAAUAUGGAACCAAGCUGAUCAUGGCCCAACAAUAUUGUGAGCCCGCGGAGCUGGUGGCAAUCCUUGGUGGCAAGCUUGCCAUACGGCAGGGUUCACGGUCACACUGGUCUCCUGAGAACACAGCCAUGCAUCUCGUCCGAUCCUUGAAUGGCAUCACCUUCAUAGACGAGGUUGACAUAGGCAUCCGGAAUCUAUGCUCAGCGUUCAGCUAUUGCCUGUCAUUGCUGGGCUCAGUGUACAUUUGGUAUGGAUGCGGGUCCGUUGACAGCGAGCGCGCAGCCGCUCGUGAAUACGCGGAAGCUCUUGCUUCAUCACCAUCGGGUGUCAUUGAACUCGUUGAGGGCGAGUCGGAUGUUGAUGAAGAGAUGUUCUGGAUGAUUCUUGGCGAUGGCGAUUAUGCGAAGGCCGACUACUGGAAGUGGAAGGCAUCCUCUCCGUCAAUUCAUCCCCGCGUAUGGUCGGUGGAUGCCACUAAGGGAGCUGAAGCGAUACAACCAGUUCCUGCAUUUGCAGACCACCCCGAAUUCCAUCACCUUGUCCAUCUCGUGGACUGCGUAUGGGAGUUCUUCAUUGUAGUCGGUAGUGAAGCACGAGGAAAGCGGAGUGACAUCAGAUUGGCACUCGCAAUAGCUGCGAAACUGUCCGAUAUGACAGCUCCGUCAAGACCAUUCGCCCCCGCAGUCCAUGCCUUGAUCUUGCCGUCACAGUUGCCGACUGACCUUAGGCUUCACUUCCGAGAUCUCAAUGAGGACGCUGUGAAUGCCGGGCAGAUCCCUGAUCAUAUGAAUCUCCUCGCUGCAGGAGAUGCAGAGGAACACCUGAACACGACUACAUGGGGAAGGGCCGUUGCCAGAGACCCAUCCAUGCUGCCAUUAGGCGUCCAAGUUUCGGAUUUGAAAUGA